AUGGUUGGGUACGGCUUUCCCGUGAAAACUACCCCCAUUACUAAUGAGUAUGAAAUAACCCAGACUAGUCUCGGUAGUGGGAUCAAUGGACGAGUUCUCAAGUGUAUACAUAGGGCCACUGGCAACACAUAUGCACUGAAGGUUCUUGGCGAUGACGAAAAGGCUUGUCGGGAAGUAGAGCUGCACUACAGAGUUCACGACUGUGCAAAUAUUGUAAGAAUUGUUGACAUAUUUGAAAACAAUAAUACAAACACUGGAAGAAAUCACCUGCUUAUCGUAAUGGAAUGCAUGUCAGGUGGCGAGUUGUUCAACCGUAUACAGACUAGACACCAACAAGGUUUUACCGAAAAUGACGCAGCGCGUAUAGUUUAUCAAAUAGCCACUGCGAUCCAGUGCCUUCACAGGAGAGAUAUUGCCCAUCGUGACCUAAAGCCUGAAAACCUGCUUUUCUCGUCAGAUGCCUCGGAUGCAAUUCUUAAGUUAACUGACUUUGGAUUUGCUAAAGAAACGUUCAAGGGGAAAUACCUGAAGUCCCCAUGUUUCACCCCUUAUUAUGUCGCACCAGAGGUUCUAGGUUCCGUGGCUUACGACCAACAAUGUGAUAUGUGGUCGCUUGGUGUUAUCACAUACAUUCUAUUAUGUGGAUAUCCGCCCUUCUACAGCCAAGGCGGUGAUCCCUUCUCUCCCGGCAUGAGGUCUCGCAUACGAAACGGUCACUAUACAUUCCCUCCAAAUGAAUGGAAUGCUGUGUCUCAAGAAGCUAAAAAUCUCAUAACCAGCCUUUUGAUCGUGCAGCCCCAACAGCGUUUAACGAUUGAACAGGUCAUGCGGCAUCCGUGGGUAAUGCGGUAUCGAUCGGCACCUCAAACACCUCUUCUUACGGUCAACAUUCUCAAUGAGGAGAGGCGAAAUUGGAAUGAAGUUAAAGAGGGUUUCCGGGAGGGUCUUCAACUAAUGCGCAUCGAGAGCAACGCGCCAAAGCUGAAAAAACUUGCCGACACCUCGAAUCCAAUUCUCAAGCGUCGAGAAAGGGAGCGAAACCAAGCCGCAGCCGCAGCCGCCGCCGCAGCUGGCACACCCUGUGGCAUCACCCCGACCAACAGCACAAGUCACCACGUCUCUCAGCUUCACUAAACCCGCCUCCUCCCCACCCCUCCAUCUUCGACUU